AUGGUCGCCUACAGCAAGCCUCAAGGCUUCUUGCCCGUUCUUUUCGCUCUCAUCGUCUUCGUGCAGGCCACUCUCGCUCUCCAUGGCGCUCACCACCAUGCCCACCGCUCCCACGGUGCUCACCUUGAAGAGACGGAAGACGUACUUAACAAGCGUGCCAACAACAUUGCCAUCCGUGGUGUCCAGUCACCUCUUGCUCCGCGUCUGGAGAUCCGCGAUCUCCAGAGUAACUCCGACCAGUGGAAUCUCUACCUCUUGGGUAUGGAACGCUUCAUGGCCAAGCCCAAGAAUGACCGUGAGAGUUACUACCAGAUCGCUGGUGUUCACGGCCGUCCCUUCAUCUCGUGGAACAACUUUGGACCUAUCCUGAACAACGCCGGUUUCUGCCCCCAUGCUCAAACCCUCUUCGGUUCCUGGCACAGGCCUUACCUCGCCCUCUUCGAGCAGUCUCUUUACCAGAACGUUCAGGAGGUUAUCAACACCUUCCCAUCCAGCCAGCAAGGGCGCCUGAGGGCCGCUGCCCGCGACCUCCGCAUGCCGUACUAUGACUGGGCUAGACAUCCCGGAAACGGUCCUGCCGUGCCCACUUCCAUCCGUGAUCAGUUCGUCACCGUCACCAAGCCUCAAGGUCAAGUCUCCAUCAAGAACCCGCUCUACUCUUACAGCUGGGGCGACUCUCUCCCUUCGGAGAUGGGUGGUGGUCCAUUCGGCAACUUCGCCACUACUCUGCGCCGCCCGGUCACCAACCCCACUCGUAGCAACAACAACGAGAUGAACGCACGUUUCACCAGCCUUCGCCAGUCCCUUGCCAACCGUGUCUACGGUAUCUUCAUGUCCGGUGCCUCCUGGGGUUUCGUCAGCACCUCCGCCAUUGGUGUUCGUACCGCUCAGAACGGCAACAACCCUGACAGUGUUGAGGCCAUCCACGACGCUGUUCAUACCACAGCUGGUGGUGAGUCUGGUGGCCACAUGUACUACCUUGACUUCUCUGCUUUCGACCCCUUCUUCUGGCUCCACCACACCAAUGUUGACCGUAUUCUUGCCAUGUACCAAAAGGUUUCCCCGGACACCUAUGUCGCAAACGGCAACAUCCAACGCCCCAUGGCCCAGUGGAACGCCGGAGAGUCCAAGAACGCUUACACCCCAUUGAAGCCCUUCACCAAGGACACGGCCGGUAACUACUGGACCAGCAUGGACGUCAGGGAGACUUCUCUCUUCAACUACUACUACCCAGAGACUGGCCCCGGCUCUUCCGCCAACUCUGUUCGCAGUACCCGCUCCACCACGGAGCCGUACCCUGGCCGCAAGUUCCGUGAGGGCGACUACCAGACUGUUCUCUCCGUUAUUGCCAACAAGUACGCUCUCGAUGGCUCCAUGGUCCUUCACUGCUUCAUCGGCAACAGUGGCUCCAACUCGACCGCUCCCGGCUACAACUCUACUCUUCCUGGACACAACACCACUGCUCCCUACCCGAUUGGUCACAACUCCACCCAGCCUUCGUACAACUCCACCUAUGAUGAUUUCACUCAGGAUCCCAACUAUGUUGGUCAAUACUCCGUCAUGGGAGGUUCGCACGCAAGCGGCAGCGACAGCUACCCAGUCAUGACUGAGGGCUGCUUGCCUUUGACAACCGCACUUCAGGGCAAGGAGGAGACCGGCGAGCUCAAGUCUCUCCACCCCGAGGAUGUUGAGCCCUACCUGGCUAAGAACCUCCACUGCAAGGUUUAUGGACCUGGAAACGUCGAGCUCGAGCCUGAGCAGGUUCCCGACCUCCAUCUCUCUGUAAAGAGCUGUGAAGUCACCCCUGCCCCAUCUGAUGAUGAACUCCCCGUCCUCGGCGAGUACACCAAGCUGACCGAGGCCACCAAGCACCUCAUCGGUGGCAAGCCCUUCGAGUACAUCCCCAACCCUCUCGACUAUGUCACCCCUGGCGAGGAGAACGGCCCCAACUACCCAACUGCACCUGGCCAGCCUUUGUACCCUGGUGAGGGCGAGCCCUCUCCUUCUCUUCCUCCUGUUCUUCCUUCUGGUACCCAGCCAAUCUCCUACCCCACUGGUGUCUACCCCUGGCCCAUUGCCCCCGAGCAGGAGCACGGAUACUGCAUUACCAAGCAGACGAUCGAGUACAUUGAUGAGGCCGGCAAUUUCCUGUAUGCCGAGACCUAUUAA